AAUACAUUUUACUUUGAGCAGUUCGCGAUUUCGCAUUGCAUACAGCUAUUCGUCGUAUACCUGAGCGUAUCAGCGCGAUUGCAACGUUGUUUAGCGGUUAUAAAAUCAAAAAACCUUCACUAGCCAAUAGCACCGCUAUGGCGAAAAACAGCGGCAGCAAAACUACCCUCGCCGGCAGCAAAAUAAAGUCCACACACAAUUCUCGCGAAACGAAUACAGCGCCGGGCCCGAGUAAACGCGUCACUAUCUCUCCCCAAACCUUCUCCAGUCCACUUUCAGCACAGCGUAAUCCCUCAACUUCACCAAUCAGUGUGCGUACAAAUAAUCCUAUUAUCACUACCGCCGAAGUAGCAACUGAUCCCAAACUGCAUAAGAAAUGCGCUGUGGUGAUGCAGGAAAAUGAGGAGGUUCUUAAGUACAAGAAGCAAGAGAUUGCCUUCAUUAACGAUUUGUUAGAGAAGCAGAGAGAAAUGCAGCGACAACGCGCUUUUAAGCGUCAAGAAUUUCAGAAUAUUUUAAAACAAAAGCGUGAGGAGGACAAGCGAUUGAUGGCGGAAAUUGUAGAAAUCAAACGCCAGCGAGGUGAAGCACAAGAGAAGUCAUUGCUGGCGCAGGAACAAGAAGCCCAGCAGCGGCAACUACAGUCGCCGAGUAUUUUGAAUCGCAAACGAAUGCUUGUGAAAGAACGAAAAAUUAAACUUAAAGCAAAAGCAGCAGCGCGAAGUCGUUCUACAGCGCCCAAUCGCAUGGCGGGAUCGAAUGGGCAAAGUGUGUUAGAGACGGCUGAAAAUAAGAAAGGUACCGCUGUGAGGCAAGCGACGAAAGUACACGCCUUGAAACUAACAGCUGGUGCUGAUCCAAAAGUGGAUGUGGCGAAAAAUGCAAAUAAUAUGAAUGCAGUGGGAAAGCAAGGCAAUAUGGCAGCAACUGGGACAUAUAUGCCAGAAGAUACUGCCGUGGGAACAUCUGGUGCUAGCAGCACUCAGAUGCAGACUACUGAAAUGUCGAGUAAAUCGUUGAAAACGGGUGACUUGGUCGCUUCUUAUGUUCUGAAAUAUCAAAAACAUGGCGCUACAUCAAAAUGGAAAAAUGUUGUAGAGGCAGCGAGCAAAACAAGUUUAUCUGAAAAACCAAAAAUACCGCAAGUAACAGCAGCAACGAUACCAACAUCGCAUACACGACAUGCCAAAUCCAUGACUCCCACGCGCUCAAUAUCAAAAACACCGACAGCUAAAGCAGACGGAAAUGCAGCACCAACUCGCAAAGGAUAUGCUCGUAAGGAUUUGCUGCUAAAUUCCUCACAUACAUUUUCCUCACCCACUUCCCGAAUGGAGUUAUUGCGCGCACCUUCAUUAUCGCCAUCAAUAUUUAGAAAUCGCAGUGGUGUGGAGGUGCGGCGUAGCAUGCAAGAUCCUUCUAGCAAUUCAGACUUCCCAUCGAACGCGCCUUCGUGGUUGCUGAAUUCAUCGCCACGCACGCUAACAAAAACAGUUAAGGUACGCUUGAAACGCUUGCAGCAUUUAAAUAUGAACUCUUCCUCGGCAAGUUCAUCUGAUAAAACAUCAAAUUUGAGGCCUGCAUCAACUAUACCUGUCUACCAAAAUGAAAACGGAACGAAAGAACAGCAACUGGAUGCCAAAAGAAGCACUGCAGAGUCAGUGGCUCCGACAUUAGAACUUGAACAUGAGAAAAUAGAACGUGCACAAAAGUUAAAAGAGCGGAUCAAGACGCAAUGGCUAGAGAUGGACGAAAAACUUGGUGCAGGCUACACAAAUAUUGUUGAAAAUGUACUUACAAAUACAUCUAAGGGAGUAACCCCCAAACCGCCAUCGCCCACGGUCGAAGAGCAUGACAAAUUAGAAUGUUCGCAAAAGUUAAAAGAGCGACUCAAGACGCAAUGGGAGAUGGACGAAAAAUAUACUGCCACCGUCACGAAAUACAUCACCGUUGCAAAUACAUCUAAGGAAGAAAUCCCCAAACCGCCAUCGCCCACCGUCGAAGGGCGUGCUAAGAAAGCGAUACGACGGAAGACGCAACGAAAGCAACAACAAGUCAACCACAGUAAAAAGAUGAAAUUAUCAGAAAAGCCGUCGCGUAAACAAAAGGAAAACAAAACGCAACAGGAUAUCGCAAUUAAAGAGUGCAAGGUAAUCCCUGCCAAUGUAGCUCACAGUGCCAAGUUAGAUGUAGAUGAUGGAGGGCUGUGCAGCAGCAAUAACAGCCAAAGCGAAAAGAAAACAUUCAGUCUAGAAUCGGCGAGUGAAAACAAAAACGUCACAGAAAGUCUUUGCAAAACUCCGGUUGGCCUGGUAGACACUGCAGAAAACAGCGCGCACCAAGAAGUAACAGAGCAGCAGUCAUCGAAGAACGACGAAUGCGCGCCUAGUGACGAAGCAUUGCUAAGUAGUCGCGAAGAAAACAGUCCAAGUGUUCCAGUGGACAUUGAUGGUAGCAAUAUUGUCGAAAAGCACCUGAAAGGGAAGCAUACACACGGUGCCAUAGUGACGCAAGUUGUGGACGUGACACCGGGCAGACACAUAAAGGAUAGUCUAUUGAGCGAUUUGAUACUAGCCACAGCAGCAACUAGNACAAGAAGUAACAGAGCAGCAGUCAUCGAAGAACGACGAAUGCGCACCUAG